UUAGACGACUUACGGCGCGUGUUUUGUGACAGUUGUAGAGACAUACGGCAGAGGGCUGUGGAGGACUUCAGUAAACUUACUCGGACUAUAUCAAUAAACAAAAAAUACCAACGUGCAAAAAAAUCAGUUUUUCUUUAUGUAUAUUUAUAAUCUCAGUCAUGAAGAUGCUGCUGCUCCUGCUGCUGAGCAACAGCGUUCUCUUUUGCCUGAGAUGUGAUGAGAGACAUCCUGUAAUUGCUGCUGCAAAAAUGGACUACACGGCUACACCGAGGUUGCUCGGUCUACUUAAAUAGAUAAAUGAGACAAAGGGGAGCUGACAGGGCAGAAAAACGGGACUAGAAACAGAAGUAACGAUGGAAAACAUUUGGGCGAAGGGUUAAAAGAUUACAAAAAAGUGUGUGUGUGUGUGUGUGUGUUGGGGGGGGGGGAUUUCAGAGGAGAGGCAGGGGUAGACAGAGGAGGGAGACCACAGAGAGCUACGCUGCAGUAGAAUGAGGGUCAAAGAGGAAGAGCACUUGAGCUGCCAGUUUUCCCCACCCUGCUUCGGAUGCAUCGCCGCUGAGAUCUCCCUCUGAAGAGGCUACAAGAGGAAUCCACGGUGGAGGCAAGAAGGAGACGGAGGAGGGGGGCUGAGGAAGAGGAAGCCAGAGGUUCUACACACAAGAUGGCUGCUGUGUCCUCUGACACUGUUUCAGCGGGGGAAGCCAGGGUCCGUCUCCCCCCUGAACGCCGUCUGCUGAUCCUCGGGGGUCCAAAAUCUGGUAAGACUUCCUCAGCCAACACCAUCCUGGGUGAAGAGGUUUUUGACGCCGGGACGGAGACUACUCACAGCAACGUGGGUCAGAAGGAGAUCUUCGGCCGUCGAGUCACGGUGGUAGAUACGCCCCCGUGGCUCAUCCCUGGCGAUGCAGACGACGACGCCGAAGCGGACGAUAAUGGAAACACCGGCGCCGAGUCCGAGAGCCUGCCAAGACCCCCGCCAAGCCUGGAUAGUGAGGGACCCUGCAUGGGGGCCAUCCUCUGCCCUCCUGGACCUCACGCUAUCCUGCUGGUGGUGUCUGUCUCGCAGCCUUUCACUGACACUGAGAGGAGAGCCGCGGAGGAGCAGCUGGGGGCUUUGGGGGGCGGAACGUGGAGAUACUCCAUGGUGCUCUUCACCGCAGUGGACAAGCUGCAGAAAGGCGUCUUUGUCGAAGAGCACAUCGCAAAUACGGGAGAGGCCCUGCAGUGGCUGGUGGAAAGAUGUGGAAGCAGGUAUCACGCUUUUGAUAACAGCUGGAAAGACGCGGAGGACAAUACGCAGGUACCUGAGCUGAUGGAAAAGGUGGAGGAAAUGAUCACCGACAACCAAGGCUGGUAUUUUGAAGUGAACGAGCUGAUUUUGCUGGAGGAGGAGCAGGCGAGGAGAGCUCUGGAGGAGGAGAGGAUGAGAAUGGAGGAGCACGCUAGACAGAGGGAGCAAAUGAUUGGAGGUCCUCCCAGAGAACUGAGGUUGCUGCUGUUAGGCUGGAAGGGCGUUGGAAAGAGCUCCGUGGGGAACGCCAUCCUGGGCCGUCGGUUCUUUGAGUCCGGCCAGGAGACGGACUUGUGUCUCCGCAGGCAGGCGCUGGUAUCCGGGCGCCGGGUGACCAUAGUCGACACCCCGGGUUGGGACUGGUUCUCCGUGCGGCGUACGCCGAAGCGCAUCCGCCAGGAGUCACAGCGUGGCGCCGCCCUUCUGCGACCCGGACCUCACACGCUGCUGCUGGUUCUCCCUGUGGUCUCCUCCCUCACCGCCAGGAAGAGAAGAACCCUUCUGGCCCACAUUGAGACUCUUUUUGGCGACACCGCCUGCCUCCACACUAUGGUACUGUUCAGCUGCGGGGACUGGCUGGGCCGAACGCCCAUUGAGGAGCACAUACUCAGAGGGGGCCGGGAGCUCCAAAGACUUCUUGAGUACUGUGGAAACUAUUACCACGUAUUGGACAGUAAGACCCCCGGCAAGGACAGGAGCAUCUCAAACCUCCUGGAUAGGAUUGAGGAGAUGAUCAGGGAAAACGGGGACAAGGCCUUCCUCCCCGUGCAGACCGAAUGGUUGAGCGAGGAGAGCUCUUACUCAUCCGACAACACCGAGCCGGAGGACGACUGUCGAGGGUGCCAGCUGCAGUGAUGAAAGUGAAAGCCAAGAGCUCCUGCAUCAUCAGAAUGCAUUAAAUCAAUGGAGUCAUAAAAUAGUUCUCGUCUACGGCGGUUCCCAUGCUCGAGAGGGACACAAACGCGACAGGAGCAGCCGACUGUGUGGGAGGUAACGUUGGGAGCAGCCCCAGGCUCGGCUGGCUCUGCUUCAUCGUUUGCGUGCGCUAAUGCGUCCAGCGCGUUUGUCGACGAGUUAAAAGUGCACUCCGCGUGCCUCAGCAUCAAAGCGCGAUAGCGGGAGUACAGCCUCGCUGCAGGGCUGUUUCCUAGAAUAUGUCAAGCUUUUUGCAUGCGACAGAAACCGCAUAACCUCGUGAAUCACUGGAGCUCAAAAAUAGGGCUAGCCAAGUAACUUUUUCUACGUCAAGAAUAAAUCUGCUUAUAUAAACACACCAGAUAUAUAUCCAUACGAGGCAUGUUAGUGCACUGCAUGCAGAUAAAUGAGUUUCUUGAGAUUUUAUGGUAAACACUCACUUCCUUCCUUCCACCUUUGAAACCUGCUCGAUAACACCCAUGGGAAUAUCUGGUCUGAUUUGGCGCCCCCUUGUACUUUUUAACAGCUGCGAGCAAAAAUAAGAAACGCAAGAAUUUUUGCUUUGGUGACCGUGCUUCUUCGAAAUCAUGUAGCCAACCAACUGCAGCACUUAAAAGCAUGACAUAACAGUUUGCUAUGUGGAUGUUUCAAUCGUUCGUUUGAAUCAGAACUCUCCCACUGUGGCUUUGUUGUAUACGAAGUGUAAUAUUUACAGUGUCAAGUAUGUCCUAAUGUCGCUUUUAAGUGAGGCAUUUUGCACUAUGUAAGUUGUGCCACUUCACUGUAGCUCCAAGUGAUGUGACUUGCUGUGUCAUUCUUCGUAACGGCGGUGAUCACACCAUCAGCGCUUUGUUCAUUGUCAUACAAUAAAAGAGACGGAUAUAUUGU